AUGGAUAAAAGCUGUCAUUCAUCUGGGGAAGAAUCUUCUGCUAUAAACCCUAAUCUUGAUUCUAGUACUGGUGGCAAAGAUCAGUACUUGAAACAGAUUCAUAAACUGUCUCAUAAGAUUUCUAAACCGCCCAUUAGAAAACCCUUUGAGUUUGAUCAUCAAAUUCAUCAGCUUCAUCCGCCGCCGCCUCCGCCUCCGCCUCCGCCGUCGAUUUUGGAUCACGCCAUUGAAUCUCAGCCGUCAAGUAUCCACCAUAACCAGCAACAACAUCAACCGCCGGUUUAUAAUGUCAGCAAAAGCGAUUUCCGGGAUGUUGUUCAGAAGCUUACCGGUUCUCCGGCACACGAACGCCUCACGACUCCGGUUCAACCAGUGAAACCACAAAGCUCUCGUUUACAAAGGAUUCGUCCUCCGCCGUUGGAACACGUCGGUAACCGUCCGCCUAACGCCGUCGGAGGUGUGCUUCCGUCAAACCCUAGCUUCCGUCCAGGAAACUUCUUCACCAGUCAACGGCAGCAUCACCAGCCUCUUUCCCCGCUUCCGCCGUUACCGGCGGUACACGCGACGGCCGAAUCUCCGAUCUCCGCGUACCUGCGUUGCUUUCAAACCAACAUCCCAGGCUUCACUCAACCUCCGCCUCCACAACUACACCCCCGCCCACCAGCACCGGGUUCCCUUCCGCCAUCGGAGUUCACAGCGCCGUCGUCUCCGCUUCCAUUCGGGUGCCUACAUUCUCCAAGAUCACAGUUCCCUAUGUUAUCUCCCGGAUUUCCAUUCUCCCCAACAAACCAAUUCGGAUUCCAACAGCUAACACCACUGUCUCCGACGCCUCCGGCGCCAAGCCCUAGAUGGAAAUCCCUCUGA